GUUGAUGGCCUGCGCAGCGUAAGAAUAGCGUGUAUACCCAUGCCUCCUACCGUGACCCCCCAUUAUACCCUCCCCAAGUUCAACAUCCGAGUCGAGGAUCUCUCUCAUCCUGGAGCAGUCUUAUUCUUCGACAACGUGCAACCAGCGCUAGCCCUCAAAGAUGCCGUACUUGCCUCCUUCACCCAUCUCUACACGCCAAAGACAGUCCCCACGCAUGUGAAGCUGAUCACGCUCGUCCUUCGUUCUAUGGACGGCGUCGCGUACACAUUCGGAUCACACACUGAUAAGGAGAUCCACUUCUCGCUUGAUUAUAUCAAGGCCUCAGAGCAUCGUGCGCGGGAUGAGAUACUCGGUGUGCUAGUCCACGAAGUCGUCCAUUGCUUUCAGUAUAACGGAAAGGAUCAGUGCCCGGGAGGACUGAUCGAGGGGAUCGCAGAUUUUGUGCGGUUGCAUGCUGGCUAUGCUCCCCCGCACUGGCAGGCAGCAGGCGGGGACAGAUGGGACGCUGGAUACGACAGAACUGCUUAUUUCCUCGACUGGAUCGAGAAACAUAACGGAGAAGGCACCGUACAGAAGAUCAAUCAGCUGAUGAAGGAUAGGAAAUAUACCGAAUAUGUCUUUAUAGAGGCAACGGGUCAUGGGGUGGAUAAAUUAUGGAAGAUGUAUUGUGCAUUGCUGGACAAGAAGAGCCCCAAACUGACACCCAACUGAAUCACCAACUUUCUGACCACAGUACUCCAGAUAUAUAUGAGCAACAAUGUACAGUGCUAUAUCCACUAUACGAAUCAGUUUUAAACCUAAGACACGCAAACUCAGCAGAGAUAAAUAGAAAGAUAAACCACCACUAUCCCCAUUCCUCCUCCGAUUAACGAGCCAAGUCGUCGUCUUCAUCACCAUCACCCUCAUCGUCGAUAUCGAUUUCAGCCAGCUCCAGUCACUUCAAGUUGGACUGAGUUCCUACGGUAGGUUGCUAUCCCAGUCAUCUGCGUCGAGAUCAGGGUCCGUUGAAAUCUUGCUAGGAUCAAGAGCUAGACUUGAACUGGGACCUUGCUGUAGGAGGAUCGUCCAAAAUAAAGAGUCCGUGAACCAUACAAUCUUGAUUCCGCCACGUUUCCUUGCUGCAUCUACCUUGACUGUACCAUGCUGCAUUACACGGGUGUUAUUAGUGUGAAAUAUUCACAACGAAAAGACUAACAGUGCGACGAAACAACGUGUGUGGUUUAUAUAGUUUGGCUGCAUCGUGUCAUGAUCGUGGCUGUCUUUGCAUC